AUGCGAACGACGGCGCGAGGGACGAAGCGCGAGGAGGAGGCGACGUUUACGCUGAACGCGCCGUUGGCGGCGCUCGUGGCGGCGAGCGUGCUGGUGACGGGAGCGAUCGACGCGGACGAGGCGGAGGCGGCGAGAAGCGGCGGACGCGUGGGCGGCGGGAGCUUUCGAGCGUCGAGCCGGUCGCGAGCGUCGCCGAGGAUGAGCGCGCAGAGCCGCGCGGCGCCGCCGAUCGGAGGGUACGGGUACGGGUAUAACUCCGUGUUCAUGCCGAUGCCGAUCAUGCCGAUGUACGGGUUCGGAUUCGGGUUCGGGGGGAUGGGAUUCCUGUUCAACUUGAUGUUUUUGUUCUUCGUCGCGAAUACGGUUUUGGGAUUCUUGUCGCAGUUCGCGGAGAACGCGGACGAUCGACGCGACGAUGGCGAGGACGACGAUUUCCCGCCGUACGAUCGUCGGUAUUAA